AUGCAUAUGGGCUUGUGUAAUUCACCAGUCAUCAAGGCAAUUUUUCCACAGGAUGGUAAGAUUCAUGCAACUGGUGAAACAACCCCAUUCCAUAGAAUGCGGGAGACUUCAAUUGGGGUUCAGUUGGGAGUAAAUGAAUGCGAAAAGAAAGUCUUUCCGAGCUUUACUCGAGAUCGAGUCGCAGUCUCGCAAGGAUUUGCCUUUCAAGCUUUGGACAAGCCCAAAAGCACAAGCUUGUGGAACAGCACAAUGCAAUUUGAGUGGGGCUUUCGUAAAAAUUGGGAUGAACGUUUCGAAGUGAUACAGUUGAGCAGUAGCGGUCAGUUGUUGAAGUUGCCAACAGGGUUCAGAUUGGUGUUUGGCCGUAGCAUCAUUGCGAGUAUUCAGCGAGUUUUCUGUGGGUUUGUUACGGGGGUCGUUCAAAGGUCGAAGUUAUCCACGACUUUGCAACCACUGCAAUUAGUUGCAGAGUUCGAUCAGCAAGUUGGAGGUUAUUAUAAGGGGCAUCAACAAUCGGAGCGCUCGGUACAGUUAAUGUUGAUUUUGGCUGGGAGUUAA